CAAGCGCAGUGGAAUGGCAUUUCAUUAGCAAAUAUGUUGCAGUCAUUUUGCAUGCAUUCAAAUUAUGAAAUGUUACAACGCUGAGAAAUAGUUAUUACAUCUCCAGCGAACGUUACUCACCUCUGGAAUCACAUAUGAAGAAAAGCUAGCGUGCUAGCUAGCUUAGCUAAAGUGCUUUAGUGCGAUUUUUUUUUUUUAGCUUUUUGAGGCAUUCGUCGAGGCUACAAGAACAGCGACGCCUGAGCGAACAGUCAACAUGGGUCCGAAAAAGAGAGGAGCAAGGAAAAGAACAUCCGAGGAGGCUUUGGGAGGAGAAAAGCACAGAGAGGGCAAUGAGGAGGAGGCUGAGGAGAGGGGAGACAGGAGGAGGAAGAACCGCGGCAAUAACAAAUACAUUGGAGCUCAUGUUGGCAUUCAAGGUGGCAUAUGGAAAGCAGUGGGGUCAUGCACAGAGAUGGGUGGCAGCAGUUUCGCUCUGUUUCUGGGCUCCCAACGGUCAUGGAAGAGGCCUGCACUGGACCAGACAGCUGCAGCAAAGUUUCGGGAGCAAUGUUCCCUACAGGAGUAUGACCCAGCUCACAUCCUGCCUCAUGGGUCCUACCUGAUGAACUGUGGAUCUCCUAAAGAGGAUGUGUUUGAGAAGAGCCAGGCCCUGCUGGUGGAUGAGCUCAGCCGCUGCAGCCUCCUGGGCCUCAACCUCUACAACUUCCACCCUGGUUCCUCCCUGGGCUCCAUCACCACUGAGCAGUGUGUGGCGAAGAUAGCAGGAGCUAUUAAUCAUGCUCACCAGCAAACACCUUCUGUGGUUACAGUGUUGGAGAACAUGAGCGGUCAGGGCAGUACGGUGGGUGGGAAGUUCUCUGAGCUAAAGAGCAUCAUAGACAAAGUGAGAGACCAGACCAGAGUAGGAGUGUGUCUGGAUACCUGCCACGCCUACGCAGCAGGAUAUGACGUGGCUGCAGUGGGAGGAGUGAAGGCCAUGCUUGAUGAGUUUGAUCAGGAAGUGGGGCUCCACUAUCUUAAAGCCAUCCAUCUCAAUGACUCCAAAGGUAAACUAGGCUGCCACCUCGAUCGCCAUGAAGACAUUGGUAAAGGUCACAUCGGAAUCUCUGCUUUCCGAGACAUCGUCAAUGAACCCAGACUGGACAACAUCCCUCUGAUACUGGAGACACCUGGACGGCCAGGGUUCGAGUAUGCUGAGCAGAUUGAACUUCUCUAUUCCCUCUGUAAGAAAAACUAGUAAGCACCCUUACUGAUGAAUUGGCACCGCUAAACUGGACCCUGCCAAACCACAGCUCACACGUCUGUGAAGAGAAUCAAAAUCGUUCGUCAAGGACCAAAGUGGAUGGGUGGCGGAUCCCGUUCUCCUUAAUCACACUCCGAAUUUGUUUGGUUGUUAAUCACCGUGUGGACAGUUCUGAAC